UACUACCCACCUGACUACGAUGGCGAGAAACACAAUAGUCUCAACUCUUACAGAGGAAAGCAUGCUCUCGGUGACCGAGCGCGGAAGAUUGACCGGGGAAUUCUCAUAACACGCUUUGAGCUCCCGUUCAAUAUUUGGUGUGGACAUUGUGAUGCGCACAUCGGUAUGGGCGUGCGGUAUAAUGCCGAGAAGAAGAAGAUUGGGAUGUACUACUCGACACCUAUCUUCUCCUUCCGGUGUAAGUGUCAUCUCUGUAGUGGCUGGUUCGAGAUUCAGACGGACCCGAAGAAUACACGAUAUGUGGUUACUGAAGGAGCACGACAGAAAGACGAAGACUGGGAUCCGGAAGAGAAUGGAGGCUACGCUGUGCAUGACACAGAAGCCAAAGACGAGCCAGUCGACCCCCUCGUCGCGCUCGAGAAAACCACAGACUUCCAAACCCACCAGACUAAAGUACAACUCCCCCGACUCGAACAACUCCAAUCCGUCUCAGAGCACUACAACUCCGACCCAUACGCGCUCUCCCGUCGCGUCCGCAAACAUUUCCGCGAGGAGAAGAAAGUAGAGAAACAGAAGGAGGAGGUCGAUAAUGGGAUCAAGGCGCGAUAUGGUCUCGACUCUGACUUGGUGCUCAUAAGGGAGGACGAGGAUGCUGUGGCGGCAGCGAAGGAUGAGUGGAAGAAGGGGAGGAGUGAG